AUUCCUCCAGUGCCUUGAAAGAUCUAGACCCCUUACUUAACCACUCCAGUGAUAGCUUACUGUUUUCUCCAAUGCUAGUCAUUUCCAGCCACAUAGGUCUUGUUUUUGUCCUUGAGCACUACACUUAUCUCCACUCAGUACCCUUUCUUUUCUUUUUUUUUGGUGUCAGUCUGGGGCUUGAGCUUAGGGCUCCUCAUUUUUGCUUGGCUUUUUUGCACACUGCUAGUGCUAUAUGUUUGAACUGCACCUCCAGGUCUAGCUUCUUGCUGGUUAAUUGGAAAUAAGUCUGAGUCUCUUGGAUUAGUCUGUUCUGGCUGGCUCUUAAUUUACAUUCUUCAGCCUCCUGAAUAGCUAAGAGUAUAGGUGUAAGCCUCUGCUGCUCAUUUUAAGUCUUCACAAUAGCAUCUCUCACAUUUUAUCAUUCUCAAUUUUAUGAAAACUAUUAACUUUUUUGCUACAUAUGAAUUUAGUAGUUGUAUCCCUACCUAUUUUAUCCUGUUUUUUAUAGAUUUUUAACCUAUUACCUUAAAUAAAAGGAAAAAAUUUCAGUAAUUCCAUUUUAAAUCAAAAGAUAUGUUGCAGUAUUUAAACAAUGUCUUAAAGUGACUUUCCAUGGGCUAUAUGUUCAAAGGAAAAUAAACUUGAGAGAUUUCACAUGCAAGGUUAACCAUAUAACCAAAAUCCUAGACAUGAAGAACAAAGACCACCAAUCAGUUUGUACUCUUUGGUAGAAGUUUCACAGCCAUAGGUGCAUCAACAUCUAUAAUCCUCACUGCAACUCUUGUCAUUACUACAAUGACCUCAUUUUACAUAAGAAUCCAUACCUCAAGAGGUUUAAAGUAAAACCCAGGUCUUGAACACUUAAUUUAGGGAGAUCUCCUUAUUCUUCUUUAUUAUAUAAUCCAUUCUUUAUAGUGUGUAACAUAAUUUGGUAAUUUUAUUUUUUCCCCCUUCUCUCUAGAAUUUAAGCUUUCUGAGGUUAGAAACCUAAUUAGUCUGGUUUAUUAUUCUCUUUGGUGUCUAGCACACUGUCUGCAUCUGCUUAGAAGGCAAGUUGAGCCUUUUUACCUAUUUAAGCCAUGUUGCUUAAUCUUGCCUUUCCUUUUCAAACAGUUCCUACUUCAGAGACUUCUCCUGGGCCCCCACUGAUGGGGCCUCCACCUCCUUCAAGUAAGGCUCCCAGACCUCCACCUGUGGGGAACUGUCCUGCCUCCAGUGUGGAGCCCACAAGCUUCCCAGUCAUUGAGUCUGAGGCUCUAAUGGAGGAUGUGCUAAGACCUCUGGAACAGGCAUUAGAAGACUGUCGUGGCCACACAAAGAAGCAGGUGUGUGAUGACAUCAGCCGACGCCUGGCACUGCUUCAGGAGCAGUGGGCUGGAGGGAAGUUGUCUAUGCCUGUAAAGAAGAGGAUGGGACUACUAGUGCAAGAACUUUCAAGCCACCAAUGGGAUGCAGCAGAUGACAUCCAUCGUUCACUCAUGGUUGAUCAUGUGACUGAGGUCAGUCAAUGGAUGGUGGGAGUUAAAAGAUUAAUAGCAGAAAAGAGGAGUCUGUCUUCAGAGGAGGAGGCCAAAGAAGAGAAAUCUACAGUCACAGCUGAGGAACACCAGACUAUACCAGGCUUCCAACAGGCUCCAUAAUCCUGGGGGCUCCUCAGACUCACCUCAUACCAUCUCCUGUGCCUUGGUGUGGAAGGCUUUCUCUCACUUGACACCUUCUUACUACCAGGAAGACACAGUCUGGUUGGGCCUGACCCAAGCUCCUACCAGGAUUUCAGGGAUGUUACCUGUUAUUCAUACACAUUUCAAUAAAAACAUAUCAACGGUGGGCACUGGAUAGGAAGGAUGACCCUUCCUAUGCCAUCCCCUCUGGUGUCAUCUGC